AUGCCUUACCCCGAGGAAGCUGAGGGUUUCCAGGUCGAUGGACCAGAAACUUUUACCCAAUUUCACAAGCGCUUCUACAAGUUGAAGCCGUUUGGUGACUAUGACGUGGACAUCAAGAUUGAGGCAUGCGGUGUCUGCGGAAGUGACGUGCACACUAUCAGCGGUGGAUGGGGAUCCCAGAAGUUUCCUCUGUGCGUGGGACACGAAAUUAUCGGCCGUGCCAUUCGCGUCGGUCCGAAGGUCACCCUCAUCAAGGAGGGACAGCGCGUCGGCGUCGGCGCCCAGUCAUACUCCUGUGGUGAGUGCAAGCAGUGUCUGAACGACAAUGAAACCUACUGCCCUGUGCAGAUGAUGGAUACCUACGGAUCGGAGUGGCCUGAGACUGGGAUCAUCAGCCAGGGCGGAUACUCAUCGCAUGUGCGCACACACGAGCAUUGGGUGUUCCCCAUUCCCGAAGCUCUGUCUACCAACACCGUGGCACCGAUGCUAUGCGCCGGUCUCACUGCGUACUCGCCGCUUGUGCGAAACGGUGCCGGGCCGGGCAAGAAGGUUGGCAUCGUUGGGCUGGGUGGUAUCGGACACUUUGGUAUCAUGUUUGCCAAAGCUCUUGGGGCUGAGACGUGGGCUAUCUCACGUUCCAGGGCUAAAGAGGCCGAUGCUCUGAAAUUGGGUGCCGAUGGGUAUAUUGCUACUGCCGAGGAAGGGUGGGAGGAGCCCCAUAAGUUCUCGUUUGAUUUAAUUAUCAAUUGUGCGAACUCGUCGGAGGGCUUUGAUCUUGCGCGUUACCUGUCUAUGAUGGAUGUGCAUGGUCGAUGGGUCAGUGUCGGUCUGCCUGAGGAGGACGGUCAGAUUAUUAAGGCCCAGAACUUGAUUUCUAAUGGUGUGCUUAUUGGGGCUAGUCACUUGGGCAGCCGUCGGGAGAUGCUGCAGAUGUUGCAGUUGGCGGCGGAUAAAGGGCUGAAGGGGUGGGUGGAGGAGAUCCCGAUUGGCGAGGAGGGCCUGAAGGAGGCUAUGCUUCGGAUGAAGAAGGGUGACGUGCGCUAUCGCUUUACUCUGACCGGAUAUGAGAAGGUUUUUGGUUAA